AUGUUCUCCAAGCCGCCACCACCAUCUCCGUCCCACAUUCUCCGUACACACGUCGCCCAAGUCAAUGUCAUCCACUUCUCCGACGACAACGAACGCCUGUACUCUGGUGAUUCGUCGGGCACUGUCACCAUCACAUCGACGCGCACGCUGCGCCCCACCGCGGUCUGGCAGGCGCAUACGGACGGUCUACUAGGCAUCCAGGAGUGGGAGGACAGCAUCAUCACCCAUGGGAGGGACAAUAAGCUGCACGUCUGGUCCGCCGCACGCGAUGCAGAGCCUGCAUCGACCAUUGGACAGUCUGCAGCUUCCCCCGGGCUGCAGACGCCAACGCUUCGUUGCUCGAUGGAUGUCAACGCGCUGAACUACUGCCGAUUCUCGCUCCUGCCGCGGCGCGAGGGGCAGGCCGCACUCAUCGCGCUCCCGAAUCUCGUGGAGUCGUCCUUGGCAGACAUAUGGGAUCUGUCCUCGCAGCAACGAUUGCACGCCGCGAUCGGGAAGGCGGGCCUGCCGUCGAAGUUGCCUGACGGGCGUGGGGCCAAUCCCACAGGUAUUAUCAUGUCGAUACACCUGUAUGAGGUCGCGCAUCCGCAUAUAUCUGGGCAGACGCAGCUGCGGCUGCUUUGUGCGUACGAGAACGGCGGCGUGACGGCAUGGGGAUAUACCCGGAGCGACAGGGAAACAUCCGUUGAGGGUGCAGGCUGGGAGUCUAUUUGGAAUGUCAGACUCCACGUUGAGUCCGUUAUGGCCAUGGCGGUCUCUCGCGACAAUAGCUUCGCUCUCACAGUGUCUGCCGACCACCUGAUCGGCCGUUACGACCUGCAGGCACGUCCCUCUCGAGACUGGGUCGCUGCCGAGGAGGCCCAGGAUACAUCGGCAGUCUGUACGAUCCACCGGACCAAACACCCAGGGAACGGCUCCGUUGCCAUUCGAGAUGACGGACGUGUGUGUGCCGUGGGUGGCUGGGAUGGAAAAGUUCGACUGUACUCCACCAAGUCUGUGAAACCUUUGGGGACGCUUGUGUACCACAAGAAGAACUGCCAGUCCGUAUCGUUCGCGAGGUAUGGUACUAGCGCAGCGGACGUGGGUUCUGUCCCAGGCGAUGACAGCGAAGACGAGAUGGGGGAGGAAGAUCAAGCUGAAAGGAGCCGGUGGCUCGCCGUCGGGAGCCAGGAUUGCAGAGUGUCUAUAUGGGGUCUCAUGAACUUCAGUGGAGGAACGUGA